AUGUCGGCCGAACGCCUUAGAUCUGCCCGUUGCCUACAAACUAGUUUACCCCUUUGGAGCCUAUGGCUUGUCUGUCUGUACACGGAUACAGCUAUAUGCAUUUGUGACACGAAUAACGCCUGGGGAUUGUCUCUCUGGCGGAAUGGAAAACGACACUGGCACUCUGCAAAGCCAAAUGUACGUGACUGUGCCAUUUCUGACAAAAUGAGAGUAGCUGGUGAUCCUAGGCAGAGUGAAACAGAAAAUGGCCGAUCUGCUUUCACUUCACUUGAGGAGAGCGUCUGCGAGGCUCAGUUCUUCCUCCCUUCAGGUAGAUGCAGUACUUAUACUAUGAGCUGUGUUUUCAUGAUGAGUGAUUCUGCUUAG